UUAAAUCGUUGGGCUGUGGCAAUCCUCUCGACUUCUAAAUACCCAUUCCAUGUUCUUCAUGAGUAAGAAAAUCUAGUGAUGGUGACGUUCUGCGUCUUCAUGUUUGGCUGAAAAGUCUUUCUGAUUCACAUUUUUGUCGUUUUUACAUAGUUAGCCGGCACAACAUUUGAGAAAAAAUUUUGGUAUAUGUCCAAUACUCUGGGCCUCUGGCUCUUGCCGAUCAAGGAUUAUCCAGGAUAUCUCAGAUCAGAAAAAGGAAGGAGGAUUUGUUUUAUGGGUGAAAGUCGUAACUUUUAAUGCGAGUAAUCGAGGGCGGCCUACAUGAAUAGAAGUUUUGGUUUUCAGGAGCUGAGGAGGGUGGAUCAAUGGCUAAAGAGUACAGUGGAUCUCCGAAACCCCAUCACUUGGAAUCAAAGAAUAAUCGUCUCUCCUGGGUUAUAGGUGUCAGUGCCCUAUGUGUAAUCUUUUAUGUCCUUGGAGCAUGGCAGAGCUCUACUGCUCCCGCAGGAGCGAAUUACAGGAAGACAAGAUUUGAUGGCAGUACUCGAAAAGGUUCACGUCAAGCUGUCCAUUCAUUAUCUAAACUGGAUUUUGAAGCUCACCAUGAAACAGACACCCACGACGAACUUGUAAUGCCCCGGGAAUUCCCAGCCUGCGACAUGAAAUACAGCGAGUACACCCCCUGCCAAGAUCCAAAUAGAUCACUGAAAUUCGACAGAAACAUGUUGAAGUACCGAGAGAGGCAUUGUCCUACACCGGAGGAGCAACUGAAAUGCUUGAUCCCUGCUCCGCCUAAUUACAAAACUCCGUUCAGGUGGCCGAAGAGCAGGGACUAUGCUUGGUUUGACAAUGUCCCGCACAAGGAAUUGACAAUCGAGAAGGCUGUUCAGAAUUGGAUUCAAGUUGAAGGAGAUAAGUUUCGGUUUCCCGGUGGAGGCACCAUGUUUGCUCGAGGAGCAGAUGCAUACAUCGAUGAUAUUGCCGAGCUCAUACCAAUCAAUUCUGGGGCAAUCAGAACUGCCCUUGACACUGGAUGUGGAGUGGCUAGUUGGGGCGCCUAUCUGCUAAGUAGGAAUAUCUUGACAAUGUCAUUUGCACCGAGGGAUACACAUGAAGCUCAGGUUCAGUUCGCACUGGAGCGAGGAGUUCCAGCAAUGAUCGGAGUGAUGGCCGCAGAUCGUAUGCCAUAUCCUGCUCGAUCUUUUGACAUGGCUCACUGCUCUCGGUGUCUGAUCCCAUGGCAAGAAUAUGAGGGGCUUUAUUUGAUUGAAGUAGACAGAGUUCUAAGACCAGGAGGUUACUGGAUCUUAUCUGGUCCUCCAAUUCACUGGAAAAAAUAUUUCAAAGGAUGGGACCGAACUGAGGAAGAUUUGAAACAAGAGCAGGAUGCCAUUGAGGAUGUGGCAAAGCGUCUCUGCUGGAAGAAGGUGGUGGAGAAGGGUGAUCUUGCUAUAUGGCGGAAACCCAUGAACCAUAUCGACUGUAUCAAAAGCAAGCGAGUCUACAAGGUCCCUCACAUCUGCAAGGGUGGUAACCCCGACGCUGCCUGGUAUACAAAGAUGGAAACUUGCAUAACCCCGCUUCCCCAGGUGCAGAGUGCAAAUGAAGUAGCCGGAGGAGCAUUGAAGAAUUGGCCAGAGAGGGCAAUGGCUGUUCCUCCAAGAAUUUCUAGCGGUUCUAUCCCCGGAAUCACGCCGGAAAAAUUUGCAGCAGACAAUGAGCUGUGGAAGGAACGCCUGAAGCACUACUCGAGCUUCAUCCCGUCUUUUACUCGCGGACGUUACAGGAACAUCAUGGACAUGAAUGCUUACUUGGGAGGUUUUGCAGCAGGAUUGGCUAAUGCACCUGUGUGGGUUAUGAACGUUGUUCCCGCCAAUCCCCAGCAUGAUACUCUUGCAGCAAUCUAUGAAAGAGGCUUCAUUGGUACAUACCAGGACUGGUGCGAAGCUUUCUCUACAUAUCCGAGAACUUAUGAUCUUAUUCAUGCUGGUGGUGUAUUUGGCAUCUAUCAGGACAGGUGUGACAUAACCAACAUUCUCUUGGAAAUGGAUAGGAUUCUUAGACCAGAAGGGACUGUGAUAUUUAGAGACACUGUGGAGGUUCUCGUCAAGGUUCGAGAGAUAACAGAUGCAAUGAAGUGGAAAAGCGAGAUUGUGGACCAUGAGAGCGGACCUUUCAAUCCUGAGAAGAUCCUUUAUGCUGUCAAGACUUACUGGACGGGGAAGGGAAGCCAGUGACGACAGGAAAAGGAAGCUUAGAAGUUUUGUGAGUAGCAGAAAAGUGUAGAAAAUUGGUGAGCUUUUUUGCAUCCAUGAAAGUUACCGGAGUUACUGAGCUCUGUAAUCUCUUUCUCCUUCCAACUUAUUUAUUUACCACAUUGUUUGUACCAAUCUCUCAUUUUUUCACUUUUUUCCUCCCACUCCACUCAAGGAUGAAUGUAAAUCUAACAUGGGAUUCUCUGAACGUCCAAGUCGAUCCCAUCUGAUAGAAUCUUCAGAUAGAUAGAAGUCUUAAUGUCAUGUAAGCUCAUUUUUUGCUAUGUAAGAUUGAGCAGAUUUUGUCAGGGGGAGAAAAGAAUAGCAUGUACCUGUGCUGCUCAUUAUUUUAUAAAAUUGAAAUAUGU